AACCCACCACUCGGUCGUCUCCCCCCCGGCCCAGCAGCAGACCACGCAUGGCACCGCUUCGAAGAAAUCCGCACCGUCGCCGUCUCGAAGCAGGACAUCAUCAAUCUGGGCAAAGAUCCCUUGACCGCUGCCCGGUUUCCGGAUCCGCAUUGGCAUUUUGGAGAAGACGCUUACAUGGCGCAACUCGAUGUUGUGCAUCAGAUUCACUGCUUGAAUCAAUUGCGGAAACGGGCGUUCGGGGGCUAUCAUCGAGAUGGGGGAGAAGAGGAAAAAGAGGUAGAAGAGUGGGUGUGGGUGCAUUUGCAGCAUUGCGUGAGUAUCCUGCUUGAGAACCUGAUGUGUGGCGCGAGUACGGAUAUGAUUACGCUGAACUGGAUAGAGGAGGCGGAGUAUCCGUUUCCGGACUUCGGUGUCAACAAGCAGUGUAGGGAUUUUGAGGCUGUGAUGGAGUGGCAAGAUGCCAGAGCUGUUGAUACGGACACAUUGUUGAAUAUGUCAAAGCCGACUGAGGGAAUCGAGGUGAUUAAGGGGGAACGUGGAUGGUGGGAAUUGGUUGGUCAUAGUGACUCAGUUUCGACGGGAGAUAUGCAUUCCCAUGGUAUUUAG